CCUGCAGCUUCAAUCCCAGCAAUAAUGGAGCUUCUUGUCUCCAAUUCCUUAGCCAUAGCAGGGAUAUUCAUCUUCGCGUUACUCUACACUUCACGGCGAGGAAGAAAAAGUAAUAGCAAUUCAAAACCUCCGGUAGUCCCCGGCGCAUGGCCGGUGAUCGGCCACCUCCGGCAGCUCACCUCCGGCAAGGAACCACUGGUUCGGACUUUGGGAGCGCUGGCGGAUAAAUACGGCCCUAUAUUCACCGUCCGGAUCGGAAUGCAGCCAUCGGUUGUCAUUAGCAGCUGGGAAACCGCCAGAGAUUGCUUCUCUACCAACGACAAGCUCCUCGCUGAUCGCCCGCCUAGUUGUGCAGGGAGGUAUUUGGGGUACGACUAUGCAGUGUUGCCGUUCAGUCUGCACUGUCCAUACUGGCGCCGCAUGCGCAAGCUAGUGGUGGUGGAAUUGCUCUCAAACAACACACUGGAGAAACUGAAGCCUGUGUGGAUGUCGGAGCUGGAGGCCAACAUCAAAGAACUCUACACUUUAGUACUCGAUGAUGAUGAUGUCAACUUCCGGCGACCAAUAAAGGUGGACAUGAGUGAAUGGUUUGGACAUUUGACCUUGAACUUGAUCGUGAAGCUGAUCGGAGGGAGGAGAUACAAGUACAGGCCCAAAGAUGGCGCGGAGGAGGCGGAGGAGGAGGCACGAUGUAUGACUAAGGUGUUCAAGGAAAUUAUGUGUCUCGUGGGGGAAUUUGCUCCCGGGGAUGCGUUUUUUCCGACGGGGUUGGUCCGGUGGUUGGAUUUCGGCGGCCAAAUUGCGUCCAUGAAGCGAGUCUCCAAGGCCAUGGAUGAUAUUCUUCAGAAUUGGAUUAAAGAUCAUGUUCGGAGGAGGGAGAUUAAGGGAGCCGACGGAGACGACGAUCGAGACUUCAUAGACGUCAUGCUUUCAGUGAUCGACGAUAAGUUCCAGUCCGGCGACCAUUCUUAUACACGCGACACAAUUAUCAAGGCAGCAUCACUGAGUAUGCUGGAAGAUGCUGCAGACACUUUAGGCCUUAAUUUGGAAUGGGUACUAUCCUUAUUAUUGAACAACCCCCAUGUAAUGAAGAAAGUUCAAGAAGAGAUAGAUAGCAUAGUUGGCAAGGAGAGAUGGGUAGAAGAUUGUGACGUUGAUAACAUGGCAUACCUCCAAGCUGCUGUAAAAGAAGCCAUGCGAUUGUACCCGCCAGCGCCUCUGUUAGUGCCACACAGAGCCAUGGAAGAGUGCAUUGUGGGUGGCUACACCCUUCCAAAGGGAACCAUUUUGUAUGCCAACGCGUGGAAGAUACAACGAGAUCCACAAGUAUGGCCAGAGCCCGAGAAGUUCUUGCCGGAGAGGUUCCUGGCAGGUCAAACAGAGAUGGAUACUCCUAGUAGGCAUUUCGGGUUUAUUCCAUUUGGAAUCGGGAGAAGAUCUUGUCCUGGAAUCUCGUAUGCGUUGAAGGUCACGCACCUUUCCAUUGGUCGUUUGCUCCAGGGAUUCAAUGUCACCACACCUUUAAACAUGCCGGUGGAUAUGUCUGAAGGCCAAGCCACCACUUUGCCUAGAGCAACUCCAUUGGAAGUGCUUGUGACUCCUCGCUUACCAUCCUCAUUCUAUGGAGAAAUGUAAGUUCAAGUCAUAUCUAUGCUUUGGGCAGAUAAGAUGUGUGAUCUUCUAUCUCUGGGUUACUAUUUUGGAAUAAUUCCCAUAACAAAGUAAUAAAAGAAGCUAACUUGUUAAUUCAG